AUGGACGAACAGGCGGGCCCUGGCGUGUUCUUCAACAACAAUAAUAACUCUGUUUUACCCGGGGCGGGGAAGGGACAGUUAGCCGACUGCGACGCAGGGGAGGCGGCCAGAGCGCAGUACAGUAUCCCGGGGAUCCUGCACUUCCUGCAGCACGAAUGGGCCCGCUUCGAAGUGGAGAGGGCACAAUGGGAAGUGGAAAGAGCCGAACUUCAGGCGCAGAUCGCCUUCUUACAAGGGGAGAGGAAAGGCCAGGAGAACCUGAAAAAGGACCUCGUGCGGAGGAUCAAAAUGCUGGAGUAUGCGCUGAAGCAGGAGAGAGCAAAGUACCACAAGCUAAAAUACGGAACAGAGUUGAACCAGGGCGAGGUGAAGCCCCCCACAUACGACUCAGAUGAGGCCAACGAAAACGACACGUCUGGAUCUCUCAACAAUCAGCUCUCAUGGAAACAAGGACGACAACUCCUCAGACAGUAUCUGCAGGAGGUGGGCUACACAGACACUAUUCUGGAUGUGAAGUCCCAGAGGGUGCGGGCGCUGUUGGGUUUGGCUGGAGACGGGGGCAGUCGGACGGGGGAUUGUCAGACCACUGAGCCUCUGGUCAACGGGACGGACCCAACUUCCAAAGGCAACAGAGGGGAGCUGUCGGACACCAGGGCUGUAGAAGACGUCAUCAACUUCAUCGAAAACGCAGCAGCUGAAUUCAGUGACGAAGACGAGGAUGAAGACAGCGAAGGCAAAGACAGAACGGUGGAGUCCAGAACGAUACUGCGCAAGAAACCGACGUCCGCAAACGUUCCGGCAAGUAUGGACACCAGCGAGGACCCAGACGCCGUGGAGGCCCUGAAGGUGUUCGACUUCCUCUCCAGUCCUGACGAAAUGGACACGUCCCCAGAGUCCAGAGACCCGGGGGACGGCACGGACUGGGACAAGGAGGAGCAGGGUCCCGUUACAGAAGCCUGGGACGUGGACCCGGGUCUGAUUACCAAACUCAAGGAGCAGUACAAAAAGGAGCGCAAGGGCAAAAAAGGGGUGAAGAGACCGAACCGGUCCAAGCUUCAGGACAUGCUGGCUAAUUUAAGAGAUGCAGAGGACUUGUCCCACUUGCAGCCGCCUUCCGCACCGCAGCCCCGGCCCAACGUGGCACGCUUCAACGAGCACGAAGCCAACAGGACGGAUGAAGUUGAGGCGCUGACCUUUCCUCCGACCUCAGGGAAGGCCUUCAUCAUGGGUCCAGACGAGGCCAUGGAGAGCGAGCUGGGGCUUGGGGAGCUGGCGGGGCUCACAGUGGCCAACGAAGCAGACAGCCUUGCGUACGAUAUUGGCAACAACAAAGACGCCAUGAGGAAGACAUGGAACCCCAAGUUCACUUUGAGGAGUCACUUUGACGGGAUCCGCGCUCUGGCCUUUCACCCCGUGGAGCCCGUCCUGGUUACAGCCUCCGAGGACCACACGCUCAAGAUGUGGAACCUCCAAAAAACUGCUCCUGCUAAAAAGAGUGCGUCUUUGGAUGUGGAGCCCAUUUACACGUUCAGAGCUCACAGGGGCGCGGUGUUCAGUGUGGUGAUGAGUGCCACCGGAGAGCAGUGCUUCAGUGGAGGUCUGGACGGGACCAUCCAGUGCUGGAACACCCCCAACCCCAACAUCGACCCCUACGACUCCUACGAGCCCUCUGUGCUGCGGGGGGCUUUGUCGGGACACACAGACUCGGUUUGGGGUCUGGUUUACAGCGCGGCUCACCAGCGGCUCCUCUCCUGCUCCGCUGACGGGACCGUGCGGCUCUGGGACGCCAACAACACCACCGCUCCGGCGCUGGCAGUCUUCAACGACAACAAAAAGAUGGGGGUCCCGUCCUCUGUGGACCUGGUCUGCAGUGACCCGGCUCAUCUGGUCUCGUCCUUCAACACUGGAGAUAUCGGGCUUUUCAACAUGGAGACACAGCAGCUGGUACUCAGUCUGGAGACAAACACGGAGCAAGGCACACCCUCUCACAUCAACAAGGUCCUGAGCCACCCCACUCUCCCCAUCACCAUCACGGCGCAGGAGGAUCGACACAUCAAGUUUUACGACAACAACAGCGGGAAACUCAUUCACUCCAUGGUGGCGCAUCUCGACGCAGUCACCAGUUUAGCAGUCGACCCCAACGGACUUUACCUCAUGUCGGGAAGUCACGACUGCUCCAUUCGUCUGUGGAACCUGGAGAGUAAAACCUGCAUCCAGGAGUUCACUGCUCACAGGAAGAAGUUUGAAGAGUCUAUUCACGACGUGGCGUUUCAUCCAACUAAAUGCUACAUCGCGAGCGCCGGAGCGGACGCUUUGGCCAAAGUAGGAACUGUCCCCAUCAACCAUCCAGGCAGGCCUGGGUGUGCGGCCACAGCGCCCCCUGCAGACUCGCCUCCGCCGCUGGAGGCUCAGGACCCUCCCUCAGGCUUCGUUUAG